AUGGCUACGAUUCAGGAGCAGCAGACUACAGUUCAAAGAAACCUUAAAUCAGAAUCGAAUCACCUAGGCAAAGUUCUUGGUGGUUUGUUUUCGAGAAAACUUAGGUCAUCGUCCAAUCCCUCUUCUCCGCCAAUCUUCCUGUUUCCAAUGGCGGUGGUUUCUCUCCUCUCACCUCUUGAGCUCUCUCUGCCCCUCUUCUCCCUUCUUCCCGCCACUGUUGUCCAGUUAGAGCGUUUUUCCCCCAACUAUGUUCCCUCUGGGCCGAAGAUGAUGGCAUGGUUAGGCUACUCGCCUCUCCCCCAUUGUAUUCCCUUGCGGGAGAAGGCUGCUUGGGUUUUGGUUUUGGUUUUGGAGUUUAAUGAGGAGGAAGCCAAGAAGAAGAUUUACUUUAUUUGUACUUUGACCUACAUUGGUUUUGGUGUGUUGAUAUUGGAGAAUCUUUCGUACAAAGUUAAAGGAUUGCUAAGGGUUCUCUGA